AUGCCAGCUGUUGACUUAAAGAAACGAUAUGCAGAGGAUGGAUAUGUUAUCAUUCCUGGUCUCAUCGAAGGCGAAUAUAGGUCCAAUCUGGAGUCAGCCUGUGAAAGGGUAAUCGCAAAGACUCGCAAUGGAUCGUGGCUCCAUCGACGCACAGUCGGCAAACAGUUCCCGCCAUAUGGACAGGACAAUCCCGAUUCCUGGGGCAUACAACACCUUAUGCAUCCUGACUUGAAGGAACCUAUUUUUGUGCAAUGGUAUACCUCGCCGAAGCUUCUGGGGGUUGCAACGGAGCUGUUGGGGUGUUCUGAAGAGGAUUUACAGAUGGAGUUAUUAAAUCUUCUUAUAAACCCGGAAUCGCAUGAUUUUGCAUUGCGGUGGCACCGCGAUGACAUCCGUGAGGAUGCCACAGCAGAAGAGGAAUUAAAAGCGCUGAAUAUCUGGCAUUAUGGUGUACCGAGGACCGAAGCUCAGCGCAAACUAUCUUCAGGACAGAUUCCGGAAAAUCCAUUGGACAUGCCUGGUGCCAUUCAAAUUACUCUUCAGCCUGGAGAAACAGUUUUUUACAACUCGAACAUAUUACACUGCGCCACUUACAAGUCAGAUACUCGAAGGGCUACCUUGCAUGGGUGUAUGGGCGACGCCAAGGGAGGGGCAUCGCGGGCAAGAAAUAUUCUACAGCAUGGGUUGCGAUGGAUGAAAGGAGAAGAUUUCUUCCAGACACUCCCCAAUUCAAAUGCGAACAGGAUGCUUGAAAAGCUUAUUUCCCUGUCAGAUAGCUCGGAGCAACGUGGAGCCGUAGAAUAUUCUCUUCAAAACUAA